AGAGAGCAUCGGAGGGAAAACGAAUGUGAAAGAAACCGACAAAGCAAAGAGAGAAAAGAAGAGAAAAGGAGAGAAGGGAAACGCCGGCACAACAGACGACGUUGACUGAUUGUUCGAAUGCUUCAAUUGUGGCAUCUCUUCUCCUCGAAUUCAAAUUUUAUUACUAUCUUCCUCAACUCAUCGGCUAGGUUUCCGCCGCUUCUCUGCUUCGCUUCACCGUUAAAGAAGGUUCCGUCUCGUUAGGCCACUUAAACUGACCCGAUUUCCCCGUUCUCCUCCAGGAAGACAAUGCGGCCACCUUUCAAAACCCAACGGCAGUGUUAAAGCUUUGCAUAAAUGUUAUGAAGCUUACAAUUCAAAUGAUCACGGAGGAAUUCAUUGGAGGUACUGUCUUGUCCCUUCUUCGGAAUUCAUUUUGGAAGAAAAAAAAAGUGUGAUAGGAUAAUAUUUUGAAUUUUCUCAAUCGUGCACGUGGAGAAAUAAAAUGGACGUACAUAAUGUUAUUUGAGAAAAAAAAAAAAAAGACAAAUAGGUGUCGAGAGACGUAAAUGACGUCGUUUGGACAACGAGAAAAUCAGUAGAAAAAAAAAAAAAAGAAAAAUCUUUUAUCUAAGGCAGUCUCUCGGGCCUCAUUGAAAUUCGAUUUCUCUUAAACCCCUCAAAUUCUCAAACCGAAUGUUUUGCUGUAGAUAUGCUCUGCCAUUUAUUACUAAAAGAUUGAAAUCAGUUGAAAUUGCGAGGCCCAGGAGCCCAAGGACAACCGUGGUAUGCGCCGCAAAAGGUCCAAGACCUCGAUAUCCUCGGGUAUGGAAAUCAAGGAAAAGAAUUGGGACUGUCUCAAAAUCUGCAAAGCUUGUUAGUUGUGUAAAGGAACUGUCAAAUGUCAAGGAGGAAGUUUACGGAGCUCUCGACUCCUUUAUUGCGUGGGAACUAGAGUUCCCUCUAAUUACAGUGAAGAAAGCGUUAAAGAUCCUUCAGAAUGAACAAGAAUGGAAGAGAAUAAUUCAGGUGAUAAAAUGGAUGUUAAGCAAAGGUCAAGGAAGAACAAUGGGAACCUAUUUCACCUUACUGAAUGCUUUAGCAGCGGAUGGGAGGCUCGAUGAGGCUGAAGAGCUGUGGGCAAAACUAUUUUCUGAUAAUUUAGAAAGUACUCCGCGUAUUUUCUUUGAUAAAAUUAUUUCUAUUUACUAUCAUAAGGGCAUGCAUGAGAAGAUGUUUGAGGUAUUUGCUGACAUGGAAGAGCUUGGUGUCAAACCGAGUAUUUCAGUUGUUUCAAUGGUUGGAAAUGUCUUCCAACAGUUAGGCAUGUUGGACAAGUAUGACAAAUUAAAAAAGAAAUAUCCACCACCAAAAUGGGAAUACCGGUACAUCAAAGGAAAGCGUGUUAAAAUUCAAGUGAAGCAGCUACAGGAAUUUGAUAAAAUUGCCAAAGGUGUCACUGAGGAAAAGGAAACGGACAAGAAUUUGAGUGUGUUGCAUGAGGAAGCCGAAGAAAGUUAAAAUCCAUUCACUACUGAAGCUAAUAUAUCUUAUUUGUGGAUCAGUAGUCUUACAUCUAGUGCAGCUGGUGGCCUUGAUAGUAAGAUGCAAUAUGUUCAACCUCAGGAGCAACAGAAGGAAGGCUUUUAAACGGAGAACAAACAAUCCUUUCUUCAUGUCAUGUUAUAAUGUGUUGGCAAAUUUAGGUCUGAGCUUAAUGAAAACAUAAGCAAGCUGUGGGGUGGUAAGAUUUUUAUUCUUUUUCUCAUCUUAGGCUGCUGAAAAAAAUAUUUGAUUAGUUGUAACCUUUCUUUCUUACUAGUGAUUCAUGGUUGAUAUCGAUACCAUCUUUUGCAUGUCAAAUUAAGGUGUAAAGACCACUACAGAAUGACU